CCUGACAGAGAGGAUGACCAACGCGGCCUACUGACCACUCUCACCCGGGACUCCCUGAGGACCCGGAGAGCCUCCAGCGCUGAGCUCCAGCUCCCGUGGACCUGCCCUGUCACUCACUCCAGGGAGAAGUUCUACACGGUCUGCUCAGACUACGCCCUCCUCAACCAGGCUGCCUCUCUCUACCGGCUCCCCAGCACCCCCAGAGAGGUGGCCCACAGCAAGCAGGAUGGCAGCGGGACCCCAUUAGUGAAGUCCAACACUGUGGACCUGUCUCAGGGUCAGGGGCAGCCUGCAGGUGUAGAGGAGGCUUCAGAUGAAGACUUUGACAUGGAGGGGGUGUCCUGCAGCAACACCAAGCCUAUCCUGGCUUGGGAGAUUGAUACCACUAACUUUGAUGCUGUGCUAACUCGAAAGCCCAGGACAAGCAACAUAAAGAGAGUCGGUACGAAGAAGAUGAAGUCUUCAGGGGGCAGUAGGAACCUGCAGGACCUUCCUCUCUACGCCUCGCAGGACGAGAUCAAACAGAGGAAAGUCCUGGACCUCAGGAGAUGGUACUGUAUCAGCCGCCCCCAGUACAAGACGUCAUGUGGGAUAUCUUCAUUAGUUUCCUGCUGGAACUUUCUGUACAGCACACUAGGAGCAGGGAGUCUCCCACCCAUCUCCCAGGAGGGGGCUCUUCAGAUCCUCGGCUUCCAGCCUCCUUUUGAGGAGAUUAAGUUUGGUCCCUUUACAGGCAACGCUACUCUGAUGAGAUGGUUCAGGCAAAUCAAUGACAAUUUCCAUGUCCGAGGAUGUUCCUAUAUUCUGUACAAACCCCACGGGAAACACAAGACAGCUGGGGAGACUGCUGAGGGGGCGUUGUUGAAGUUGACCCUGGGGUUAAGAGAUGAAACCAUGGCCUAUAUUUACCACUGUCAGAACCACUACUUCUGUCCUGUGGGCUUCGAGGCCACACCUUUCAAAGCAGCCAAGGCCUACAGGGGUACAUUACCAACUAAUGAAAUGGAACACUGGAUCCUGAUUGGUGAACCAAGCAGGAAACACCCUGCUAUUCACUGUAAAAAGUGGGCUGAUAUUGUCACAGAUCUGAACACACAAAAUCCAGAAUACCUUGAUAUACGUCACACGGAGAGGGGAAUUCAGUGCCGCAAAACCAAAAAGGUGGGAGGGAAUCUUCACUGCAUCAUGGCUUUCCAGAGGGUCAACUGGCAGAAGCUAGGCCCCUGGGCCCUCAACCUGGAGAACCUGAGGCAUGACCUCCACCACCAGGGGUCUGAGAGGGCCCAGGGGGGCUUAGCAGAGGUCCAGGAGGACAGGGAGAAGACCUCAGGAAAACACCAGGCUUUGGCCCGGCUAGGCCGCUCCAACAGCACAGGUACCAGUAACCAGAAGGACGUAGCUUGGAAACACCUGUCUAACACCACAGAGUACCGACACAGGAGCUCACCAGAGAGUGAUGUUGAAGAAGAUACCACAGAUGACUGAGAUUCAAUGAGACGGCUGUGAAGUUAGUGCUGCUAAAAUAUACUGGUUAGUAUAUCAAACGUUCUCAAAAUAGUUUUUCACCAAAAAAAAAGAGAGAGAGAGAGAGACGAAAGUGUUGUUUUACCCCGUCUAGCAUCAUCCAGAUUCCAUGAAGGAUUUUGCUUGAUUAUUGAUUAUUGAUUAUUGAUGAUUAUUGUAAUGAAAAGUUAGUACAACAUCCAAGUUGCUACACUUUAGUGUGAAAGCUACGUUUAAUCGUCUAGCAAAGUAUAGAGGACUGCUGCUAUUAAUCAGAAUGUCUGAUAACAUUGUAUUUAAAAGCCAUUUAAGAAAUAAAAUAAUAAGAAUCAAAUCUAUUACACUUUAAAGUGAGUGUGUUAGUUUGCGAAUGUGACUGAAAUCCAGUGACUACUGUAAGCCAAGUUUUUCUCAACUCCACGAUGCACAUCACAUCAAUGGAGUUGAGCGGAGACAACUACAACGAGUCGCUGUCCGUCGAUAAACCCUUACCUUGUCCCUACGUUUGUCCUCUGUAGCUGCCUUUCUUACUUCCUUACCUUCUACCUAUGUUUGUCCUCUGUAGCUGGUUUCCUUACUUCCUUACCUUGUACCUACGUUUGUCCUCUGUAGCUGCCUUUCUUACUUCCUUACCUUGUACCUAUGUUUGUCCUCUGUAGCUGCCUUUCUUACUUCCUUACCUUGUACCUAUGUUUGUCCUCUGUAGCUGCCUUUCUUACUUCCUUACCUUGUACCUAUGUUUGUCCUCUGUAACUGGUUUCUUAAUUCCUUACCUUGUACCUAUGUUUGUCCUCUGUAGCUGUUUGUAGCUGUGUGCCUUUCUUUGUUUGCUGAUAUCCAUACUUUUUAAUAAAACCUUUAUCCAAUACAACCACAGACUCUUUCCUUGUAUCGACUGACAGCGACUCCGCCCACAGUUGUUGCAAACAAACUCCACCGAGAUGUACAUAUGGUAGAGUUGAGAAACCCAGCUACAAUAAAACUAACUACAGAAACAACCAUGGUAGACUUCAGAACCCCAGCUACAAUAAAACUAACUACAGAAACAACAAUGUACAUAUGGUAUACUUCACAACCCCAGCUACAAUAAAACUAACCACAGAAACAACCAUGGUAGACUUCAGAAACCCAGCUACAAUAAAACUAACCACAGAAACAACCAUGGUAUACUUCAGAAACCCAGCUACAGGAAAACUAACUGUAGAAACAACCAUGGUAGAGUUCAGAACCCCAGCUACAAUAAAACUAACUACAGAAACAACCAUGGUAGACUUCAGAACCCCAGCUACAGGAAAACUAACUGUAGAAACAACCAUGGUAUACUUCAGAAACCCAGCUACAAUAAAACUAACUACAGAAACAACCAUGGUAGACUUCAGAACCCCAGCUACAAUAAAACUAACUACAGAAACAACCAUGGUAGACUUCAGAAACCCAGCUACAGGAAAACUAACCACAGAAACAACCAUGUACAUAUGGUAGACUUCAGAAACCCAGCUACAGGAAAACUAACCACAGAAACAACCAUGUACAUAUGGUAUACUUCAGAAACCCAGCUACAAUAAAACUAACCACAGAAACAACCAUGGUAUACUUCAGAAACCCAGCUACAGGAAAACUAACUGUAGAAACAACCAUGGUAGAGUUCAGAACCCCAGCUACAAUAAAACUAACUACAGAAACAACCAUGGUAGACUUCAGAAACCCAGCUACAAUAAAACUAACUACAGAAACAACCAUGGUAGACUUCAGAACCCCAGCUACAAUAAAACUAACUACAGAAACAACCAUGGUAGACUUCAGAAACCCAGCUACAAUAAAACUAACUACAGAAACAACCAUGGUAGACUUCAGAACCCCAGCUACAAUAAAACUAACUACAGAAACAACCAUGGUAUACUUCAGAAACCCAGCUACAAUAAAACUAACUACAGAAACAACCAUGGUAGACUUCAGAAACCCAGCUACAGGAAAACUAACCACAGAAACAACCAUGUACAUAUGGUAUACUUCAGAAACCCAGCUACAGGAAAACUAACCACAGAAACAAACAUGGUAGACUUCGGAAAGCUAACCACAGAAACAACCAUGUACAUAUGGUAUACUUCAGAAACCCAGCUACAGGAAAACGUAACUGUAGAAACGUGAAUCAAACAGUACAAUUGACAUCGUGAUGUACUGUGAAACUAUGGUAAGUGUAGAUGUUCUUUUCCCAAAGAACAUACCUGAGAAAUCAAGUCAACGGAUGCUAAUCACCUACCAAGAUGUAGAGAUUUAUCUUUGUGUUGUUAUUGAUGUCCAACGUGAGAGACAAUGGAUAAUGAGUGCAUGAUUGUGUCCAUGUUGUGUCUAAAGCCACAGUUAAGUCUCCUGCUUAACUCUCCUGCUCAAGCAUCUGUGGUUUUGUGUUUCGAUUUAUCCCAACACUACUGUAAAAUGUAUCAUUAUUUAUUCAUGUGAUUUUAGAUUUGCUCCUUUUUCUUAAUAAAUAACCAUUUAUAUCAAUU